CUCUACCAUCAUUUCUCCCUAUAAAUACGCCAACGCACAUAAGUGUUUGCAUUCGAAGAGAGUUCUAGCAAAACAAAACAAAACAGAGCAAACAGAGUAAGCGAAACGAUGUCUCUAGUUCCGAGCUUUUUUGGAGGCCGAAGAACAAACGUGUUCGACCCAUUUUCACUAGACGUAUGGGAUCCGUUCGAAGGAUUCUUGACGCCCGGGUUGACAAACGCACCUGCCAAGGACGUGGCAGCGUUCACAAACGCUAAAGUGGACUGGAGGGAGACACCUGAAGCGCAUGUGUUCAAGGCGGACGUGCCUGGGCUUAAGAAGGAAGAGGUGAAGGUGGAGGUUGAAGAUGGUAACAUACUUCAGAUAAGCGGUGAGAGGAGCAGUGAGAAUGAAGAGAAGAGUGACACAUGGCACCGUGUGGAGCGGUCAAGUGGGAAGUUCAUGAGGAGGUUUCGGUUGCCAGAGAAUGCAAAGGUGGAGGAAGUAAAGGCGAGUAUGGAGAAUGGGGUGUUGUCGGUUACGGUGCCGAAAGUUCAGGAGAGUAAGCCGGAGGUCAAGUCCGUUGAUAUCUCUGGUUAAGAGGAACUCUGAAGUUGGAAAGCUUAAGACAGUAAUAUGUGAUAGUGUGAAAUAAAUGGUGCGACUUUCCUUUCUUCUUUUUCUUGUAAUCACCAAUCUCGUUGUAUCAAUAUAAGUAAUCGUAAUAAAAGAGUGUUUUGAUCCA